CUUCAUUUUGUUGUGUUUUUGUUUUGCCACAAUGUCGUCACACAAGUUUGACCCUGCAUGGCGCACUGGUUCGUCUUCAGCAGCCAAAGCCCCUCACGCGUGGUCGUCGCCAGCCACCGCCACCGCCACCGCCACCACCCGUGCCAGCGCACGUGCUCCGGCAGGAACAGAAGCUGCGUCGUCGCCAUCAACCUCAUCCUCGGUGACACUGGCGUCUGCAGGAGGCGCCCAGGGCCCCGUCUACUCGCGGCAAGAGAUUCUCGAUCUCUUCCACCUGCUCGCGGCUGCGGCAGAGACAGAGCCAAACCCCCUGCUGUCUGUUGCGAACGCAUCGCGACUCUUCCGUCCUGAGGCCGAGAGCAUCAUGCUCGACCACUUGGAGCCGCCGUACGCCACCACCCCGCUCGCCAACCACGAGCACGACGCUCGACAGACCUCCAUUAACAGCGCGCUUGCCAGACGCGCCGCAGCCAGUCUCCGCCCUGGUAUGCUCCCUGCUCCAUCCGGUCCAAGUGGUAACGGUUGGCGUCAAGUCUCGCACGGUCGUGGUGCGAGUGCCCGCGUUGGAACGACGCCUGCGUCUGGACGAGGACGAGGACGUGGAACCAACAACCAUGCCGAGUCCAUGCACGGCCCUGGUGGUCGCGGCGCAUCCUCGCGCUCCGCCACUGGCGCAGACGUCCCGAGCUGGCGCUCGGUGGGUGCCAAUGCCUCCAACGGGUCGUCGACGUGGCGUCCGGCCCCUGGGGUUGGGGAUUCCCUUUGGUCUACGGACGAGUCGGGAGGCACUUUUGCCGCCUCUGGCCACUUUAUCAGUGCGGACGCCGAUGAUCUCGAGCUUGGUGGGCUUGAGGAAGACACCAUUUCGGACAGCUUGGUGGGAGAAGGCGGUGUGCUCGGCCACGACCAAUCCCAGGCGUCAGCGGCAGAAGAGUUUGAAAAGCUGCGGCUUCGCGAGCAAGCUGCGCGGGCGAGUCGCUCGGCACCUGUUUCCGCACCUGUUUCCGCACCCACAUCUGCGCCAACGGCUGCCGCCGCUCCUGCCGUGGCUGCCACGGCGGCAGCUCCAUUGUCUGCGGCCGAUUCGGCAUGGCGUGUCGCGACGAACAACGUCACAGUCUCCUCCCGAUUCACCGCCGCCCCUGCUUCGUCCUCGAGUGCGUUUUCGUUGCAAGAUGACACAUACCAUGAACACUUUGAUGUGGAAGACGUCAUUUCAACGCUGCUCGACUCUGCAAACAUGAACGACACCCCCGCCGCCAAAGUCCAACCCGAAGUCGACCCGCGCGAUACCCCGAUCUGGCUCUAUGUCGACCCGCAAGGUGCAAUCCAAGGUCCAUUCUCAACCACCCAGAUGCUGAAAUGGUUUUCGGUUGGCUAUUUUGCCUUGACUCGCUUGGUUCGCCGCACGUUUGAUCCUAACUUCCAACCACUCAGUGCGUACAUUCAAGCGAUGCAAACCGCUCCGUUUGCACCCUUGUCCUCCAUCCCGCAUCUCGGUCAAGCGACUCGGGCCGGUUGGACUGGUGCUUUCGACUGGACCCAGCAGGCCCCGCAACAACAGCAACCUGCUGCUGCUGCUGCUGCUGCUGCUGGUGCUGCUGCUACUGCCGCUGCGUUUGGUGGUUUUGCUCAAGUCUCGCCCGCUGCUGGGUUGAUCUCUGCUGGAGGUGUGGAAGAUGGCAACGCGCAGCGCUCCGGCUUGCCCCAGCUUGCGCCGUAUGCCGCUGUCGGUCUCAGCCAAGACGUCGCCCUCUCGAACUUUGAAGAUCCAGCCAUUGUCCGAACCUCCGCUCGUCCAGGAGCCGCGGCGCCUGUCUCCCAAGCAUUGACAUCAACCGAGCACGGCUUCUGGAGCACGCUGGUCUCUGGCAACAAGGAGGCUGCUUCUUCGUCUUCUGCUGUUGCGCAGCCACCUGUUGUUCAAGCCGAACCGGAACCCGUCGCCGCCGCUGCAACUGUUCCGUCUGAUCAGCAACAGGAGGUUGCCGCAGCACCAUCAUCAUCAUCAUCAUCAUCCCCAGCUUCAUCCGCUACCCCAUCCAGUGGAACUAGCGAAACCACCCCAACCACUCCACCCAAUCGCAAGCAAAAGGCAGCCGCCGCUGCUGCUGCUGCCGCCGCCGCCGCCGCCUCCGCUCCCGCACCUUCGAUUGACACCACUGCCACGCAAUCCGCGUCAGAAACUGCUGCCGUUGAUUCUCCUGCAUCCACUCCGUCGAAAAAGUCCAAGGCCGCCAAGAAGAAUGCUGCGGCCAAUUCUCCCGCCAAAGCAGCAGUCAGCACCACGCCCGCGCCUGCCAACGCUCCGGAUGCCGCCGCUGUGCCACGCCCCAUCGUGCCCGCGCCUGCCACACCCACAAAGCUGCGCGACAUUCAAGAGCAAGAGGAACGCGAGCGCAAGCAGCGCCAGGCGGAAGCCGAGGCCGCUCGUCUGAAGCAGCAGCAACUCGCAAAGCAGCAACAGCAGCAGGAGGAGCCGCGUCGCACUGGCUGGGCUGUGCCGGCGGCCGCUGCUUCUGGCAGCAAGUCGUCGCUCGUUAACAUCCAGCUGGAAGAGCAGCAACGCGCCAAGUACGAGCCCGAUGUCUCUUUCAUUGUGGAGGCGCAGCAGGCGCGCGAGCGUCAGGCCCAGUCUUCCGCCUCCUGGGGCACGCGCAACGUUCCACUCCAGUCCUUCCUUGGCAGCGCCGCCCCGGCUGCGUCCAACGCCCCGGCCGCCGCUCCCGUGUGGGGCUCUGGUGGCAAUAGCAAGAGCAAGUCCCUGCUCGAGAUUCAAGAGGAAGAGGCGCGAAAGCAGAGUACCAAGCCCAACACCAAUACGCUUGCUGCCAUGGUUGGCACGAACGUUGCCCCAACAACCGUCACCAAGCCGAAACAACCCGCUGCCGCUGCCGCUGCUGCUGCGCCCACCACGAGCCCAGCAGGAUGGUCGUCAGUGCCCUCGCCUGCUUCGGUUCAGCACGCAUCCACGCCAGCUCAUCUUGCUGGUCCUACACCAGCUGCUGCUGCUGCCGCCGCCGCCGCCGCCGCCUCCAGCCCUGCAAAGCGCAGCGCGCCUUCGACUACCACUGCCGCCGCCUCUGCACCCACUCCGGCCGCUGCGCCGACAACCCCGAGCAAAGCGGCUGCAGCGAAGACGGGUGCACCUGCUGCUGCCAAGCCUGCUCCGGUUGCGGCUGCGCCUGCCGCUACAACGGCGAGCGACUCGUUCUGGGAUUUGGACGAGCCUGUUCCCGUCAAGACGUCGAGCAAAAAGUCGAACGCGGCCUCCGCAACGGCAGCGACUCCCGACUUUAUGGAGUGGUGCCAACACAAGCUGCGCACUUUCAACGCAGGCAUCGAUGCCGAGAGCUUUGUCUCCAUUCUCAACGCUUUCGACUCCAAGCAGGACGUGACCGACUAUGCCCACGAGUUCCUCGGUCGCUCGUCGGAGGUUGCUGCGUUUGCGCGAGAAUUUUGCGAGCGUCGCCGUCCGUUCGAAGUUGUGGCUGGCAAGCGGACUGCGCACGCCGCCCCUGCCCCAGCACCUGCUGCAGCGCCCACCCAGGGCAAGAAGAAGGCCCAGAAGCUGCCCGCAUCCGCGCUUGGAUUCAGCGUCAACUCGAGCCAGAUGCAAAAUCGCGGCGAGCUGCAUUACUUGGAUGAAUAAAGCGGGCACAGCUCUGUCCAGCCAGUAUCGAAGUUUUUUUUCUUUUUCUGAAAC